UGCGAGAAUGACAGAAAGAAAAACAAUAGCAAAUCGCACAGCGAACUUGGUUGUUAUAUUAAGUUUUAUUUGUUAGUUCAUCGACAUUUACAUGGUAUCAUGCAAGGAGCGAAUUUUUUAAUUAGUAGCCAAUGUUAUUUAUCAAUUUUUUAUGUUUAUUAUAUCUGAUGGUGCUUAUCGACAGCCAUACUAUAUCUAAAAGUAUUGAUAACGACGAAAAGGUAGAUGACGUAUUUGACUCCAUUACCGAUUUAGACCACACAAGGAACCCCAAGCUGAGGCGAGAUAGGAACUUACACAAGUACAGGGCUGACUACAAGGACGAAUAUGUGAGACCAGAAUCCUUCAAGAUAACAAAACUAUACGAGGAGCCUGAAAGAUCGUCAGAAAGAACAACAGCCAAAGCGACAACCGAACAUGGAAAACAUCACAAGUCAGCCAAGAGAAGAGUCGGCAGUUUCUGGAAAAAAAUCAGAGGUAAAGAAAAAAAGAACAAACUCGAUGAAACUCAGAGGAAACGAAGAAUACCAAAAAACAAGGAAAUUGCAACGAAAGCUCCCUCUACCAAGGAAUUUCGGAAUCCCAGCCCAAGGAACAAAAGUAGACGAAAAAAUGCAAAUCCAGUACAUAGAGGACAAUCCAAAGCUAGGUUUGUUAAGAGAGAUGUUAGCGCAACCUACGGAGUACUCUUCACGCCCAGAAGAGCCCACGAUCACACAACCACUUACAAACUCGAAAUUGGAAUCACAUCUGAGGUAGAUGAUCAGACUAAAAAAUCUACUAAAUUAACCCUCAAACCUAUACCAGCAACAGCACCAGCAUCACCAACAUCACCAGCAGCCAUAAGAGAGAAAGAGAAAUCAGAAAAAAAAAUGAUAGAUAAAAUCACUGAAAGAGUAAAUGUUAAACAGGAUAAUCUAACAGGAAUGAUAGAUAGCAUGACUACUCAGAUUGGUCGUCUCAAACAAAUAUACGGACUCGAGAAAUUCGGUUCAACUACUGAGAAGACGAGAAAAUUUGACAACGAUAGAUUUGAUACGAGUCAUUUGUUUAAUCCUUCUUCUACCGCGCAACCGACUGAAGCUGACUUUCCAGGCACAGCGCAAAUAGAGCAUUUACUAAAUGAUAUAAAAUCAAAGGCAAUACAGAUGGUUUCAGAGCAGAAUCCAUUAGUAACCGAUAUAAUAACAAACACAGUCACCGAGGCUACUUUUGAAGCCGAUCCCCUCCUUACACAUAUUGCGAUGACCGUACCAGGGUAUUACUUGAACACUUUUGUAUCAAUAAAUGAGAUUCUUAAUGCAAAUGAGAAAAGAACAGUCGGGACUACUGGAACUCCUUUAACGAGCGAGGUCUACCUUAAUAGGUCAAAACCAGUUACAAAUACAGAGUCACAUUACAUGGCCGCACGGUCGAUCAAAGAGGACACGAUGACCAUCGCUCACAACGUUGAGGAUAUGCUACAGAGAGAGCUCAAGAACAUUUACAACAAAGUGAAGCAUAAAGUAUCGGCUGACUUUCGUAAAGAAGUACAUAGAGCCAAGUCUACUAUAAAGGAAGGGCUUUGUAAAAUAAGUAGCAGGACUUGUUCGCCUAACACGACUACAACUAGUGUUACAACUAAACCUACGACGACGACGAAGACUACGACUACAACUACAACGACGAAGCCAUGCCAUUGUAAAAACAACAGUUCGGACAAACCGAAAUACAAAGAAGUAGAAACUACAGGACCAAGACACAAUAGAGGAGAUAAUAAAGAAAUAAAAGUGACCAACGACCUUUAUACAGCAGAACCAACGAACCCUACCCCAACAUAUGACGACUACAUGAUGUUGACGCUAUAUGAGGAAAUGCUAGCAAAAACUCACGAAAACAAUGUAAGGAAACUACUUGCAACGUCCGAAACACCACUGAAUUUGAAAAAAAGGAGAGAACAUUACAGGUUAUCGAAAAGAAACCCUGAGACUUUAACAGACGUGAAACUUAAAGAAGAAAUUGCGAAGUUAUAUGAUGAUAAUAUGCCUGAUUAUGAUUACAUUGAACCUUCAGCGAACGUGAACUCGACGGCGCAGUCUUCUGCAGGACCUAUGGAUGUGAACAUCGACAACCCUACUAGUAAUAUGGGCAACCUGCAACCAACGGAACCAUCAGAACCGCCUUUCAAAGUAAGUGCUCCACCAACCACGGACAACCAAAACCUUGGAGACACCAGUUUCGAAGGUUUAAGCAACAAGAUAUCGUACAACGACUUCGUGAACGGCUACAGACAUUACUUGAAGUUCCAAAAGGAGCAGAACAAUCAGAAUUUUUCUGCUCUCGUCAAAUAUCAAGCACAUAGACACCACAGUGUUGAUGAUAUUGGCAAAUAUAUACUUAAUAAGAUCCCUCCACUGCCUUCUAAUAAUAGAAUGAAGAGGUUUUUCGAUGAUACAGAUAUAGAUUACCAAGAGAUUACGACGAAGAGUGACGAUUCUUGGUUUCGGAAGCACUUUUACCUGUUUAUCGACAAUGGGCCUCCUAAGAAGUUUCAUACAUCUCAGACUGUUGAACUAAAGUCCGCGGCGGGUGAAACCACGGCAUUUGUCACGGAACCCAUGCCUAAGAUUGUUCCUAAAAGUAAUUUAUUUAUAAAGCUUGGUACUGAACCACCGCCUAGAGCCAAAGAUACCUCUGAGAUGAGUUUGGAUGAUCUAGCGAAGAUUCUAGACUCGAUUAAGACUAAACAGUCGGCCAGUCCAUUUUAUCGAGACUCUUGGUUAUUACUUCUAGGACCUACAAAGGGGCAAAAAGAUUCACUGGUGUCAGCCCCACCCAUCAUCGGUACUGAAGAUAUACCUAAAAACCUACCACACAGCUUCAUAGGAAAACUGUUCGGAGGGAAACGUCGACAAGCACCAAGGAAGGCACCAACUACAGUAUUCUACGAUAUAUUCAACGAGAACACUGAAGAAAGAAUGAAAAGAACGGUCACAAAGGAUGACCUUGAUGUCACUUUAAUAGACGAUUAUAUUACCAAACCUUUAGAAGAUAAAGUGUCUACAGUUGCCACGGAAGUGUUUGCUGAACCACCCAGUCUUCAACCUCCAGUGAGAACAAGUCGCAGAGAAACAAAUAAAUAUGGCUACGUAGAUAUAGAUCUAGUUCCAAGACAAACGGCCGUCGUGAAACUUCGAGACGACACCCGAAGGAGUAGAUUCAAAAACUUUCUAAAAAAGUUUUCUUUAAAAAGGUUCAAACACAAGAAGAAACAUGUGAAACGAUCUUAUUACGACACGAAUAUAAUGUACACCAGAAAAACGAGGUUCAAUCCUAUUAAAAAGCUCAAAGAUAUAUUUAAAGUUAAGGCAGAUGAGAAAGAGGAAAAGUCAGGUGGUUUCCGCUUGCCAACUCUAAUGCCAGAUUAUGAUAUGAUGACUUCUCACAUAGAUACGUUUAAGCCAGUGAAGUAUGAUAAGCCAAUGACCAUUGAUGAGAUGCAGAGACAGAUACCGAAUAUCAGUGAUGUUAUCUACGAUGCGAUGACUUCUAAGACUAAGAAAACGACCCAUGUUUCUUCGUAUAUGUAUCGUUUAGACGAAAAUGAUAGGAAUCUGCUGUACAAUUAUCAUGUGCCGACGUCUGCGGGGCAACUCGGUCAAUCUAUACUCGGCGUCCGACCGGUCUGGCUGGCAGGAGGCAUUCCGUUCACAGGAUUGAGCGGCUUCCAAAAAGGCAAAGAAACAACAUCUUUUAAUACCGAAGCCACUACUACCACAACUUUAACCCCCACCACUACUGUAUUCAGAAAACCGGCUUACACCACUUCAACUCCCUACAAAACUAUUACGAGACACAAGUGCCCUCCCAGCAACGUCAUGACAGUCAAUGUGAAAACGUUGAAGAAAGGACGCCCCACGUCAUUCCGCACGACCACGAAGCGAAAACCCGACGAUACCACGACCUUAAUGACUCUAGACGACAUGAAUUUCAUCCUCAACAGAAUACAGUCGAAAUUACUGAAAACUAUGAAACCAUACCAAAAAGUUCCCACGCCAUGCUACAAGAGAGGAACGUUGAAUUUCAAGAAGAAUCAGUACCACGUGAAACAACCCUUUGAGGAACUGACUAUCAAGAGCAAACUGACGAGGAUUGCCAAAUUCCCAAUUUCAAAACGACAUUUCAAAACACGACACGCUAAUGCCGAACCUAUAGUCAACGUAGCCAAUGACUAUGCGAGUUUCCAUGAUGAAACAGGAUUCAGAGAACAUGUACAUCCAUUGAAUAGCAGGAACGCCCCUGCUGAUAGAAGAAAACCACAAAAUAAUAGAAAAGUUACCCCAGCUGGUAUGCAAAAAUAUCAUUUCAACGAAAAGUGGAGAUACACUGAUUAUUUCAAUGAUUUGCUUAUGUGGCAUAACGAUAUACUCAAUAUGGAUAAAGUUCCCAGUCCGCUUUGGAAGAAUAUACUGAAUAAUAUACAGCCUGAUAGUCACGAUAUGUACACGACUCCUAACAUGAACAAUCUAUUGAAAGAACUCAAUGAUUUAUCAGAGUUCUUGGGCAAUGAACCACUAGAUGCAAAUAAUCCUAACAAUAAGAAUAUCGGUACGAAUAUUUCAAUUAAUUUAAUGUCUAAAGAACCAAGAAAUAAUAUACGAAGUUUACCUGAUUUUGGUAAACAAGGGAUUGCUAGAAGCGUGGCCAUGAAUGAUAAUACUUUGAUGACAGGUAAAAACUACGUGAUCCAAGGAGAGGCUAAAUAUUAUCAAUAUAAUCAACCGAAGUCCUCUGGGCAACUAAACUCUAAUCAUCUUCUUAAUAACCUGAAUAAAGUGGAUGUCUAUAAUAAUAAUAAAUACAAAGCAUCUAUGAAAAAGCUUGGUGGCAACCGUCGCUCAAAACCAUACUUUGAGAAGGAAGAGCCAGCUAUCAUCGUGGACACCACACUCUUCGCGUACGAUGAUGAGGCCGACAGCAUCACUGAGGGAAUGGCAAUUAAGAAGCAGUCCAGAAACUCUCAGAAAAUCGACACGGAAAAGCCUCCGAAAGACGUCCAGAGCUGGACUGCUGCCUCCCCCAAGGUUCGCCACUUCGCUCGAUAUUCAACAUCCCGCAUCCACUUGCCGGCAACCUUGCAUUCAAUACUAAAGACGAACAAACCUCCUCUGCAGUACUACACGACUCCUCUGCCGAUGAAGUCGCAAGACUUCAACAACUUCCUCAAAGAAAAUAAGAUGGACGUCGAGUCUGUCACUUCCCCCAUGAUAGAACUACCGAGGAUCUUAGAAAAAUGGACCUCAACACAUUCAAGGCACUUCGAACAAGAAGCGAUCCCUGUUCAUACCACCAAAGCGAAUACCACAUUAUCAACGAAAAGAGUUCAACUGACUCAGAAACUUGCAAAACUUGCAAAAAUACAUGAUACGAAGACAAUAGAUAAAUCCAUGAAAUUCACUGACAAACUCAUGGUGAAACCAAUGUCGGUUUCACCCCAAAAGUUCCCAACGACACGUAAAAAGGCUAAAAACCCUUACUUCGACGAUUUUGAUAGAUGCAAGAGGUAUAGUCAGCUAAAUAAGUUUGUGCGCUUCGCAACGACAACACCAGAAUUCAACUACUAUAAUAUUAUUAAAAAGAAGAUGAGAGGGCGAUUGUUCGAGAAAAAGGCUCCGGAUGCAAUAGAAAAACCGACAACAGACAUGUUUACAGUAGACCCACACAGCAAAGAAGUUGAAAUCACAAUAAUAAACUUUGAUGAUAUCGACAAAAUAACGCCUGCUCAAAUGUACGAGAAUUUUGCAAUUGCAUCUAAGAAAGAGGAAGAUGUGGCCGUAGAAUAUCCAGAACGGACAGAAGUUAGCAGUGAAAUCCCACUUAAGGAGCUAACUUACGGAAUUAAAGACUUUAUACCGAAAGAGGAGAUGCAUAACGAACUUCUGUACAAAGAUAUAUUUAAAGAACAAACGAGUAGUACGACCACAGAGUUCACUGCUAGAGAUUGCUCUAAAAGUACUGAGUACAUUGAUCAUUCUCUCAAUGAUAUGCCUAGCGCUGCACAACACAAGCUUCGAUACCCUUUUGAUAAGAUGCCACAGAUUUACCCAAACAUUUUAGGAAAGAUCCCACAUCAUCCAAAAAACUUCAAUGUACCCAAACGAGUUCAUAUAAGCAGCCACCACUAUAAGUACGAUAUCUUCUACGACGACAAUAGCAAAAAAACUAUGAAGGGUGGAAUUGAACAAUCACGGCCGAAACAGUCUAUAGAUCAUAGAAAAAACCCUCCAGAUUUGUUGGUGAAGAUGAAAGUCAUCAGAAACCCUACUAUUUUUAGAAAAGGCGAAACAAAAAUGGAGAUGAUAAGGAAGAUCGAUAGAACUGCGAAGAGGUACAGACAUGCGAGAUCCGUUUCAGCAUCAGAAGACUCCCACGGUUCAACGCACAAGCGUCGUCUCUUCACAUGGCGCGGCUGCAAGCCCAAGCCUGAAGGAGGGUUAUCAGCUCCUGGCGAGGACCUGGACAGUCCUGGCGCUACUCCGGUCGACACCACCAGAGUCACAAGACAUGCUGGAUCUAUAGAAACUACGGAAAUUUCGGCUAGUACGACAUCGUCGCCUUCUUCAAUAGCAGAGCCGACCCCCCAGCCGGGUUCACUCGUCUACGACUUAAAGCAUAUGAGGCGAACUACUUCUGCCGCUCCCGAGAGAGAGGAAGACAAGCAGAAAGACAAGGAGAAAGACAAAGACAAAGAAUGUGAGAGACAUAGGAGAUUGUUCAAGAUCUCUGCUUUGAUACAGGACAGAUUUAAGAGCUUGAUGAAGAAUUUGACAACGGUCAGGCGGUCGUCAGUGAACUCGACGAAACGCGCGGCGAUCACUCCGCCCACAUCGAAACGUACUUGCAAUUGUACGCACUCUACAACAUCUGCGAUAACUAGUCGAACUAAACCAGAGAGCGACGAAGACGAUGAUGAUGACACUCCCAGUGUACCAAUCAGGGAAGACCUGAAACCUGAAGGAUUUCGAAUAACUUACGGGCCAGAUCCAACAGAAAAUGUCAAGAAGUCCAAGCCUAAAACGACGAAAUCGAAGAAAAAACAUCGAAAGCAUCAUCAUAAGAAGAAGCCGGUUGUCCACGACGAUGUAGAAGCUGUCAUUGAGGAUUAUGAGAAUGAGAAGGGGAAAGAGGAAGAGGCAGAAGAAGAGAACGUGGAGGCACAGGAGAAACAGGAGAUGACAACGCUGAAACAUCGAUGUCAAAGCCCCGGCAUCAAUCAUAAAGGGAAGCAAAUUUUUCAGGAGAUGCCGGCUGAAGCCCUUUAUGUUGAACCUAACACAUACAAUGAUCAGUCAUACUACGAACUAGGAGCUCAAAAAAAGCCGCCAAGAACUACAAUAACUGAAGACCCGGACUACUAUGGAAAACAUUACGAAAUCAAGAGGGACCUACAAAAUCAAAACACUUUUACAGCCAAAGAUGUAGCCGCUCUCGAAGUAAUCGUAGAUCUCAUGAAGAACACGCUCAGCUAUGAAGAGAAAGAUAUAGCUAGUGUCUUCCAAAAUAACAAUUACAUGGUCCAAAAUCAUGCAACGAAGUCAGUCAUUAAUCGUAAUGACACCACGAAUUCCAUCCAGGUCCACAUCGCUAUACCUUUCGAUUUCCAAAAUGGAAAGAAACGAUCACCUCUUGACCCUAUCAGAGUAAGGAAAGUAUUCUCAGCUAAAAUGUCAACGCCAGUUGAUUUGGAGUAUCAAGUCCAUUCGUUUGAAGGCACUAUUCCACCGACCACGACAAUUAAACCAACACAAUCUAGUUCUAGUUUAAGCCCGAGCUCUAGCCCUGGCCUUAGCCCAAACGCUAGCUCAACCACCAGCCCUAACAAUAAUCCAACAAUUAGCACUACCAUUUGCCCUAAUCUUAACUCUAACGCAAGCCUUUGUCCAACUACUAGUGCUAGCCUGGAAGAUGGAUUAUCACCGGGAAUGUACCUCCUCGUUGAUAAACCAAAAAGCGGUUAUGCUCUAAGACCAGUGAAAACUAAGGCAGACAAUAUGAAAACGAGGCAAGUUUCGGUAGCCAGUACAACUUCAAUGCCAGACUCGACCAAACCAACAGAAACAAGGGAUGAAACCACAAGCAUAAAGAGUCUUGCUAAAGUGACGCUGAGCAAGGAAUUCAUAGCCGCUGUAAACAAACACUUGAUAGAAAUGUAUGAGAACAUGACGAGGGUUAACAAAGAGGUGAAUAAUAAAACAAGAAAAGGAAGGUCGGUUCGGAAGAUACAUAAGAUUAGGGGUGGCGAGGAAGGGAGGGAAAGCGGGAAGAGAUCUUCUGAAAGAUACACGAUCAAAAGACAUAUCGACUGGGAAGCUGUCAAGAAAUACUUUGGACACGACAGAGUUUGCAAUUGUAAAUGUAGGUCUAACAAAGCUAUGUGUAGAGCUUGUGCAGCCAGCGAUGCAGUCAUAGAAGAACUAAUAUUUGAAUUCGAUAACUUAGGACGCUACAUGAGAGACCAUUGUACAGAAAUACAAACAUUCUUUUGGAUGAAUCCUUUGGGUGGACAGAAAUUGAGGGAAUCCGUUAGCAGAAUAGACAAGAGCUUAGGAGAUUAUUACAAACGAGUUAAAGGAAAAUGCCAAGGCAGAACUUGCAAGACUUUUACGACUUACAUAGAUAAGAGACAGAUAGUAAAAUCAUCGAAAGUGCCUAAAAAGGAUGUGUUCUCCCAUCUCGUUACCGAUCUAACUAACAUCGCGGAAGAUUUGAACAGAACGAUAUCUCUUAAGACUUGCUUCAACGAGAAGUUGCUAGCUGAAGGAGAGAGAUUCGUGAACGCUCUCAACAACUGUCUUUCACAAAAAACAUUCGAUAAACGCGCCACUUCUAACUCAACAAAGAAGAAGAUGAUAAAAAACGUCUAUUCGCUAGAUAAUAUAAAUGUUAAUAUCAUUUGUAAUCCAGAAGUUUCUUCUUCUCCGUCAACGGAGGACUUUUACCGCACCACGGCAGCAUUAGCGACCCAUCUAGAGAGUUCGCACAUGGUUACCGAACCAAACUUAUUCGAUUAUGAAGUCACAGAACCGAAAUUAAAAAAGCGUAAAGGAUUUAAAAAGCUCUUUCCACGCAAAAACAAGAAAAAACUCUUUACUUAUUGCACCUCAAGCUAUGGGCGGAGGCAAAAGAUUAAUUUUAAACGUGAAAUAGACGCUGAGUCGUAUAACUUCGUCCCACCUUUGAUAUCAGACGGCGGUGGUUCAUUUUGGCUCAACUAUCUAAAAAUUAGCACCAAUGAGCCUCGCAUUGUAAGAGAAUCUCGUAAAAACAAGCCGAAUAUUGAAAUAGCAGUCGUUCAAAAAGCACAAGAUGGGACGUCGAUGGUCCAAAAGAUAACUGAACCAUUAACUAAAGGAGAAAGGGAAAAAGAAAGAGAUAAAGAUGGAAAAAAGAAGGGUGCGACUCCAAACUCCAUUUAUAUGACUAUUAAAACUUCUCCAAAGAGAAAAUAUUAUCGAGAUACUGAAUCCACAACAGACUACCUUACUCAUAACAUUAACCAGUUACUGCAAUUAUUUGGAAGUUUACAAGACAUUGAAGCGAUGAACCAACACUCGAACAGAUCUACAAUGUUUCUGAACCGUCCCACAACAAACAACGAUGAGAGCAGUAUACUGGAUGAGGCGGAAUCCAAACCAAGACCCAAAACUCCAAAGCCGGUCAAGAAACUCAAAUGCAAGGAUAAGGCACCUGAUAAGAAUGGUACUACCACCACCACACCAGCUCCCAAAUUCCCAAAGAAGAAAUUAAAGCCAAAAGAACCUGAGGAUUCUUGUGACAACAUAAUAAUACGUGGUACAACGGAGGACCCAAAUCCUCGUACUUCUCUGAGUACUAUUCGAAAUAUAACAAGCACUGAAAAGGCUGAAUCUGAGAUGAGUGAAACCCCCACUGAGGCGACAACGACUGCUCCCACGUCAGCCCUCGUUGACGUAUCAUUGACGAACGCCUUCGACACGUGGUCAAGCGGCACCAUAGACUCGUCACUAGGAAAUGAAAAUGACCCAACGACAGCCAGCAAUGCCAAAGACCUCAGUGACUCCGCUAUAGCCCACACUGAAAUUUCCACAGCACCUACGACAGCAAGAAUAGUAUCAAAAGGCGGUGAACUUAAGGAAUCUUUGAAACCAAUAAUCACUACAAAGCCAGUGUCGACAAAGUCACCGAAGAAGCCACCGAAAGUGACAAAAUCAUCACCAAAACCGCAAGCAGAGUCUGACGAUCCUAAUAGACCGAUAUACCAAGACGACGAAGAUGUGGUAACGACGACUACACAAUCAUCAGGCUUUUUCCACAAACUCAAAACUGCGACGCUGAGGUUUUUCGAUGCCGUUGCGAAGUCGAGCAUCGAGAUACCAGAGCCUACGAGCUCGACUGCUGAAGCUCAGACAAUGAUGCCAAGUAUAAGAGAUAAAUUGAGCACAGGGACUGAUACUGCUGACUUAAAAGAACCUUCUCAGGUGACCACACGUCCGAGUCCUACUAUUGUUAUAAUUAAUGAAUACGAUAAUCAAAUUAGCAGUGAUAUAUUGAAUGAUCCGAAUAAAGAUGCGGCUGGGUAUAGGAAUUUGCUACUUUCUAUAAUACAGUAUGAAACAAAUAAGUUGAAUGAUGAAUGGCACCGGAUAGCUUACGGUGGUGAUAAGGACAAAGAUGAGGGCAAUGUUAGAAGAAGCGUCAUUGAGUUUAGAAGGCCUGAUAUGAAAGGUACCGCAAAACCAAGGAAAAAUGCGUAUAAACUGAAAGAUGAGGCCGAAGAAGAAUACGAUAUAUUUCAAGGGAUGAAAUCAUUGAAGAAUCUUGAGAUGCCCGAACCGUUACCUCUGCCGUGUCCGUGUACGAAAUCGAAAAAAAAACAGCCGAGUUUGCUGGAUAGGAUAGCUAGCAAAAUAGGCAUCAAAGUCAUUCCAGGAAAGAAAAAGGAUUCCAAGUCCUCUUUAACAUCGACAAUGCACACGACGGCAUCGCCGCAGUUUCUGCAGCUACAUAUACGUUCUGAUCUGCCUGAAAUAGUAGGAAAAAAGCCGAGCGUCAGGGAAACAUCCAAGAAGAAGAAUUCGAAAAGAAGGAGAAAGCUAAGACUCAACAGUUUGAAGGCAUCCCGCACGGCGACGGCGGCAGACAACCCAAAGGCCAGUGAUUCUCGUCGGUCAACCGAAUCAAGUCAAAUUUGUGACAUACAGGCCACACUUGACUACAUCACGAAUCUUCAAGGGAAGGUCCCGAAAGAAGAUUUCGAGGCCCUAGUGAAAAACAUCUCUUGUUACAAGUACAAACCUGUGGAUACUAAGUUCUUUGUGCCUUAUAAGAGAGAAGGCAAAAGAUGGGACUGGAUCAGAAACAAAAGAUGUCUGAAAUAUCGUUUUGCGAGAGUAGAAGAAUCAGAUUUUGAUGAUGAUGAUGAUGAUGCCGUGGAAUUUGAUGAUGAGAGUGAUUCGUUCGAGAAAUACGUUAAAGGAGAAGAUGGUAUUUAUAAGAUUGUUACGAGGAAGAAAAGGACUGCGGGAUUAGAUAAUUUGGAUAUUGGCUUGAGGAAUAUACCGACUUUGAUGCCUGGGCAGGAUGAACUAUACGUCAUGGUUGGUGAUACCGUGACUCUAGACUGUAUACCGUAUCCAAGUUUCCCUGAUGCUGACGGCAAGUACAGUUGGAAGACUGACAGAAAACGGAUGCUGAAGCAGGAUAAUGUUCAAGUCGAAGGCGUUAAAGUUACCAUUCAUAAUGUUGAGCCGAGGAAUGUUGGCAGUUAUACUUGUAGUUUGGACCAGACAGUGCAGAGGAACGUGAGGCUGGCCGUGAUGACGGUGCCUGCCUUCGACGUGGUCUUCCUGCCCAUCUACAAGACUGAAGAGACUUGUGCUUAUGAUGACCUCAAAGCUAUCCAGAGCCUGGGUGGCAUGAUGUCUGAAGAAACUCGCUGCGGCAAAGCUUGCUCCGUAAGGAUUGAUGAGCCAGUCUGCCAGAGAGACCGGGGCACCAACAGCUCUCUGCUGAGGACGACGGCGGUGCUCUCCAUGUCUCCCCUGAACGUGAACUGCAGCCUGCACUGCCGGAGGGACAUCGUGUCCUCUCUCGUCAUGCUGUCUGCCUUGAACACUCCCGCUUUGUCCAAUAUAGGAAUUGUGAUGUCAAAGGAUGGAGUUAAUGAAACCCUGACGCCGUGGACAACGCUUGUCAGACCCGUUAUCACUCAUUCGCUAAGGAAAAAAGACACGAACGGUCACAAGGAGUACCACAAGUUGGUGAGCUCGCUGACACCCGGCAAGGUGGACGUGGUGCUCAACUGCCCCGCCGGCUACUACCUGCUGCCAGACUACAAGCUUUGUUCGUCAUGCCCAGCGAACACGCGUUCCCUCCGCGGCGACAACACGUGCACGCGGUGUCCGCGCGGAACGCACGCGCCGCCCGGCGCCACCGAGUGCCUGGCAGCAACACCCCCGCGCAGGUAUGAUUGGUGGUGGUACCCCCCCUGUGGUUACCUGGUGGCUUGUGUUGGCCUCGUGUUGGGCUGCACGGUCUGUCUGGUGCUCUCCGUCAUAGUACACUUCGUCUCCAAGGAGCAUAAGCCCAAGAAAAAGAAGUCCGUCGAACGGGAGCUCGCGAAUACACCAAAGACGGGGACGAGCGUGACGGCUGCGUUUGCGCACGCCGCGCUGGCGCCUCACUCGCGGCCGCUGUCGCCGUCGCGUGUCAUACUGCCGAGGUUCUUCAAGCCGUCGCUUACGUCUUCGAGAGCUACUGAUUCUCAAGAAACCAAGUUUGAACUGUGGAAAGAAAGGAACAAACCACCGCCGUUGCCGCCAAUUGAUUUUGACUUUUGAAACCGUCGCCAUUUUGUAUGGCUUGUGCUUGAUUGACACUGACAGUUUGAAACGUCAGAAUAACUUACCGAGGCAUUUGAAAAUUGCAUUGAAUUGCAAGAUGGAUUAAUUAGUUCUAGAUUUAGGUAUUCGAUCAAUUUUAUUGAGUCGACUGGAGUGAUAGUUUUUUUCCGGAAUGCACGGAGCAUUCUUGGAAAAAUAUUUUCGAAACCUACCUUUUAAACAUUUUUAUUUCGCAAGCAAUCUACGGUGAUUUGAUUGUCUUGUAUUUCCAAAACCAAGCAACAUUUCGCCUUGUAGAUUGUAUGUGAAAAUGCACCUUCAUCGUAUGUUUUUUUUAAACAAAUGUCAGUAUUAUUUCAAAGAUUAUUUUGUUAGACUGUCCGCCGUAAGUUCGCCCGUAUUCUGCCUAAACCUUCUAUUUAUAUAUCUGUGUACAAAACUCUUUUGUAUUUAAGUGUAUUGUUAUUGUAAUACUUUUAGAUAUAGUAUUUUAAGAAAGCGCUAUAGUUAUGGUAUAUUUUAUAAGUAUUAUUUUGUUCUCCGCACUGGUGCUUUUGGUAAGUUGUAAUAAAGUUCA